GUUGUUCUCGACUAUCGACCAUACCAGCCACCCACUGACGCCCAUAACAUGACAGCUUCCUUGCGCUCGACCACGACGGCGACAACGGCGACGACGACGACGACCGCGACGAGGGAACGUUGAGCGCGGCCUGCGCGCGGGGACGUGGAUAGCGCGCGGCAGUCGAGAUGACUGGACGGUGGCGAGGCAAUGGUCAAGCGGCCUCGACGACCAACAUCGAAGACCGCGCAUGGUUAGCGCGACGCCGGGCGCGGAGACCUGGUCGACUUGACGGCUUUCGGUCGGAUUUACGCACCGCCCGCUUGUCCUCCCCGACGCGCCGACCUCGACGCGUGUCUUCAACCAUAGCACACGCACGACGACGACGGGGACCGCGCGCUGCAACGAGGAUCGCAUCCGCGGCCGUUCGUCGACUGCCGUCGAGAGAUAUUCUUUCGCCACCUCUACCCGCAAUCGCAUCGGCACAUCGGCCAAGAUGUGCUUCGUCAAGAGAUUCAAGGUUCGGCAUGCGGACAUACCCCCUUUUGAGCGAAGGGCACGCCGAGAAGGAUAGCAGCGAAGGGGGUGGGGGAGAUGGAGAGGCCCCCUUCGACGGCGCUUUCGCGAGGGAGGGUGGGGGAAAUGGAGAGGCCCCCUUGGACGGCGCCUUCGGGGAAGGGUGGGGGGAGCAGAGGGAGGGGUGUUUCCCUCGGGAAGGAAGUCUUUUUUGACCUGGUGUCCGUGGACUCGAGCGCGCGCCCUCGAAAUCAACGCCGCCCUUAAUU